AUGGAUCCCAAAAACACUGAGACAUCUGGUCGAAGGACAAGCUCUGCCCCCGCGCUAAACCCUAGAACUUCGGCUCUCCGAUCUGGAAAUGCCGAAAUCACCGGAGCGCAGAGCUUAUCCGGCCAGAAGCAAACGGGUGAAUCGAGCGUCAUGAAUCCGACACCCAGCUCGACUCAAACUACAACCCCCAGCGUGACACGUACUGUCGGAAUAACCACGGUGUCUCGCUCAGAUCCCAGACCGCCACCGCUACACACGUACUCACGGACCUGGACAAGAUCUGGAAUUUCACAGGUCAGAUCCACCAGUUUGGACCAACCGGACUGGACCGUCCCAAACGAGCGGGCACAGCCAGCUCCAACUGACGAUGAAGACCCAUAUGAUCUAUCCGAAGAGGAAGAUCUAAAUCCGACACCAAGUCCGCUCCCAACAACUCGCCUGGAGUUCGAACAUCUCACGCGCGACGAUCCGUCCACGCAGUUUGUUACUCCACCGCGGAACAACAACGCUCCUUUGUUUAGCGAGGUGGUCAACCAUCUGCCAAUGUUCGGAUCUGGACAAGCGGAGCAUGAAACCCCGGCAGUUGACGAUCGCCAAAAUCCGCUGUUAACACCCCCGCUCUUCCGCGGAUCACAAGGCCAUAGUUCGAACUGUGCUAAUCCGCCAACCGACAGGCGAUCUAACGAAGAACGGAUUGCUGAUGACACUUUCCAAACCGGAAGUCAGCAUCAAGGAAACACGCGCAAUAAGAAGCGCGCAGAGGACCCUCCAAAGAUCAUAGAUCCGCGAUCUAUAAACAACUUCGAUGCGCUCCAGCGAUACAUCGAAUCAAACAACGCCGAGCUAAAACAUAUGUACGCCGCAGUACAUAAAGCAACGAGUACGGCUCGCAUAGCUAACGCUAAGAUCAAAGAGACUGGGGAAAAUGCGGUUCCCAGAAUAUAA